AUGCCUUCCGAAGUCACCGACAUCAAGCAAUUCCUCGAGAUUGCACGCAGGAAAGAUGCCAAAGGCGCUCGUCUCAAGAAAUCCCCCAAGUCAAAGGACAUCAAGAUGAAGAUCCGAUGCAAGCGAUAUCUCUACACGCUCAUCCUCAAGGACUCGGACAAGGCAGAUAAAAUUAAGCAGAGCUUGCCUCCUAGUAAGUGA